ACAACAACGCCUGCUGGACUGUUAACAUAUUCAGGAUGAUGUAGAAGCUUUUAUAGUGUAAUCGGUUUGGCAUUUGUCCGCAAAAAUGUCGAGAUUUUUCCGAUUCCUCAGCCGCCGCCGAACUGGCAGACGGCAGAAGCUCGGGGAACAAGCACCCAUCAAAAAGAAGAAUGCAAUUACGUGUACGGUUAUGUUAUUGGACGCUUCAGACUUUACGAUAGAUCUAUCCAAAAAAGCUGAAGGCAAGGAAUUGUUUGAGCAGGUGUUUUAUCAUCUCGACAUAAUAGAAAAGGAUUAUUUUGGACUGCAGUAUACCGACCAUCAUAAUGUCAAUCACUGGCUAGAUCCAACGAAAAAGAUCAAGAAGCAGGUCAAGAUUGGACCACACUAUACAUUCCGAUUCCGUGUCAAAUUUUACCCCUCUGAUCCCAACAAUUUACAUGAAGAACUCACAAGAUAUCAGUUUUUCCUGCAAUUGAAAAACGACCUUCUUUCGGGAAGACUUGAAGCCAACUUUGAAACUAUAAUAGAACUAUCUGGCUUUGCACUCCAAUCUGAGCUUGGUGACUAUGAUGAGGAGAUGCACACACCAGGUGUUAUAUCAGAGUUCCACUUUGUCCCCAACCAGACAGAGGAAAUGGAGCUGGCAAUGGUGGAACAGUUUAAGACAUGCAGGGGACAAACUCCAGCUAUGUCAGAGCUUAAUUACCUGAACAAAGCAAAGUACUUAGAGAUGUAUGGAGUGGACAUGCAUACUGUGAUGGGCCGUGAUGGGUCCGAGUAUAAGCUGGGACUCACCCCAACAGGAAUAUUGGUAUAUGAGGGUGUUGCCAAGAUUGGACUUUUUUUCUGGCCUAAAAUGACAAAGUUGGACUUCCGUGGGAAACUACUGACUCUGGUGGUGGUCGAGGAUGACAAUGAGGGAAGGGAACAAGAACACACUUUUGUGUUUCGUCUUGCCACAGAAAAGGCAUGUAAACAUUUGUGGAAGUGUGCACUGGAGCAUCAUGCAUUCUUCCGUCUUAAAGGGCCAGUGAAGGGACCAGGCACGCGGCAGAACUUCUUCAGGAUGGGGUCGAGGUUUCGAUAUAGUGGGAGGACAGAAUAUCAGACAUCUUCUGUAAGCCGAGCAAGGCGCAGUGUUCGAUUUGAACGCAAAGGAAGUCAACGUUAUUCACGACGACCGACUUUUGAGAAAAAGGAAAGAGAAGCAGCCAUGCGAAGAGAACAGGAGAAGAGAGAUGCAAAAAAACGAGAGUCUGCCGAACGACAGGAUAGACAACAACAAAAAGCUAUCGUAGAAACAACCAUACCAGCUACCCCUGUCGCACCUGUAGCCUCGGCGUCAUCAAAAGUAAAAACUCCACCCACAAGUCCUACCCCAAAGUCUCCGGUGACCAAUGGUACUACAGGAGCCUGGGGAAGGCACAGAAAGUCCGAAAAGGACGUACCUGAUGCUUCUUCUCGUUCCAAGUCACCUUUACCUGGGGCCUCUGGACAGGACAAGGAUAUUAAUCUAAAAGAAGCAUCAGAGGCUGCCCAAGCAAAAAUCAAAGGUCUGGAUGAAACACGACCAUUACGACCUCCGGUACAAAAGGUCAAACCGGAUGUUAACAGUUUCCAGAACAACCAAGUUAAAUUUACAAGUGGUCCAGCAGUUAUCCCUCCUGAUCAGAUGAAGUGCAAUAUUCUCAAAGCAAAGAUGGAAGAAGAGCUCCGCAAAGGACAACCAGAGAUAGAGAGUGAAGCUGAUGAACAUACAGAUGAAGAGGAACAAAGGAGAGUUAGACGCCCUUAUUACUUUCCGAGGAGUACACAUAGUGACAAAGUGUUCCAUGGCUCUGUAUCAUCUGGUCCUAGUGUCAACAACUCAGGGGUUGAAGGUCAAGCCCGUUUGACCAAUCACAACAAUGAUGUGUUCAUCUUGACACCCCCACCCAGCAGUAUCACAAAACAGCCGACAGUGAGCACCACAAGCACAGGCAGCACCGCAGACGGUGACAAUACAGACUCCCCACCCCCUGUGGUCCGGGUUCCUAAGUCUAGGGUAUUAUCUACUGACUCCGAGUCUGAAAAGCCGACCUUGAGAAUGCCUUCCUCAUCCUCCAGCCUCAAACAGCCUCGGGUGUCGUCCACAUCCUCCUCUGGGUCUGUUUCUCCCACUAGCCCUCAUAUCCCGACCACUCAGUCCACUGCCCCUGCUAGACCCCCACCCCCUAACCGAGGAAGCAACAUCCCACGCUUGUCAAGUGCUAGUGAGACACCAUCACAUGGUAAUAAUGAAGAUGGGGAGAUAAUUAUUGACUUUCCAACUCUGGAGAAGAAAAAGGAUAGCAAAAUCCCAAAGCCUGCCCCAAGGUCUAGUAUUGCAUCUCCUAGUACUAAUGAGGCCCCAACUCCACCCAAGAGCAAAAUUCCUCCUCCCUCUAUGAUUCCCUCUCCGAGGACUUCAGCCAAUCCAUUUGCAGCCCCUGCCCCUCCACUACAGCAGAACCCAAGAUCCACAAACCCAUUUGCUGCUCCACCUCCUCCAAGUCAGAUUCCUUCAAAGCCAAGAAUGAUUACACCUCCAAAGUCUACAAACCCAUUUGCUGCACCAGCUCCCCCUCCUCCUCUUCCCAAAAGAUCCACCAAUCCUUUCCUAGAUGAUGAGGAAGAGAUUGAAGAAUCAAACCAACCCUCUCCUACAUCACCCAAGCCAGCCUCCUCCUCCAUACCUAAAUCCCGGGAGUCUCGUAUUCCGAAACUUCCCACAAGUCCUACCACAAAAACUGAUGACUCUCUUAGGAACAGUUUCAAAAAGGAGAAUACUGGGUCAAACAAGAGUCCUACAAGUCAAGAUGUGCCUCCCCCUAGACCCCCAAAAGCCCCACGAACCUCUGCCAAUCUCAGCUCGAUCCCUGUACCCAAAUCUGCCACUCUGGCCUCCCCUACUGCUGGUCAAGCCUCGCCCACUUCCUCCCUUUCCACCACCACUACCACCAAUACCAACAACACCGUCGGCAAGAAGGAGCAGACUGGGAUUCCCGCCCCUGUGGUCAUUGAAACAUCAUUUUCCGGGAACAAGAUGGUGACACGUACAACCUCUGCAACAAGUACAAAGAGUCUACCAGGUGGGCAAACCCAUGUCAGUCACAUGAUCACAGUGUCACGCAAUAAGUCAGACUCAGGUAGUCGCAACACUGCUAUCAAUGGUGAUGGAUUAUCACCGUGGCAUGUGGAGCCACAGGAAAAGCCCCCUGUACAACGGAAAGUCACGCUGACAACAGAACUGUGAAGAUCUUAAGUCAUCCAUUAAUUUCUCUGUUCUUGUAAUUCACUUACGAAGAGACGCAUUAUCAUUUUAAAGUUCAGCUUCUUUUUUGCCUUUCAGCUUUUAUCUGUUAUGUUUAAUAUGAGCAAAAAUGCCUGUAUAUUUCAGUUGUUGGAAAAAUUGGUUCAUAGCAUAAAGAGAUUAGAACUCUGCAAGUUAUACAGUUUGAAUAUCAACUAGCAUAGCAGAUAAAUUGUGUUGUCUUUUUUAAUAUAAAGAAAAGAAGCUCCUAGAAUGUUGACCAAUUUAGAAGAUUGGAGCUAAAUAAACUUACAGAGAUAUUGUUUUUUUUUACAUGGAUCAAACUGAGAGACGUACAGAAACUUAAAUGGAACAAAAGAAAAUAAUUCAGAAUCAUAUUUUGUUAGGAGUAUUGUAGGAAAACCUAUGGUCAUGAACCAUGCAAGGAAGCUGGUCUUUUUUCAUGUGCACAUAUUACUAAAUUUCAGGUUUUUGAUAGAAAGGAUGUUUUAAAAGAUAAGUGAAAGGGCUGCUUUUUAAUUGUUAUCAUAUAAACAUUUUAAAACAAGGAUGACUUGAUUAGCGUCUGAAUCUUUGUCAUUGUAUAGUUGUUAUUUUCUUUGACAAGGAAAUUUAUUGUUGGUUUUUAUGUAAGACAAGGUUGUCGGAGCACUGACUUCAAAUAUCAUGUGGUAUUAGUGUUUUGAUUGAAUUUUUUUUUCUAUCACUUUUAUGAGUAAAGAUCUUUGUUAUGAUAACAACCAAAGUCUUGUAAUAUGUAGAAGAUACCAGUUGAAAAUUGUCUUUAAGAUACACUGUUUUACUAUAGCAAGCAUUGCUUUAUAUUUUAUUAGAUAUCCUCUAUGCUUGAUUAUCUUACUGCUAUAUUCAUUAAUGGCAACAAAAAUUACAUAUCAAUUAUAAACGAUGCAAAAUCAUGUAUGAUGGGGUGUAUUUUUAGAAUUUGUACACAUAAUAUAGAAUUUGAAUAUAAAAUACAUAUCAAACUAUUUGGGGGCUUCAGACAGUUUUAAAUGUCCUGUUAAAGUGUCUUUGUGUAUAAUGAUGUGAUUUUAAUUAAUCAACUUUAAUGAAUUGAUCAAUUUUACAUCUUGGAAGUUUAAUUUUAUCUCAAAAUAUUUGAUUUUCUUUAAAUAUUGAAGAAUAUAUAUUACUAUGUAUGAUACAGCACCAUAAUAAUAGGACUUUUUUUUUAAGAAAAACAUUUUUGGUCAAAUUGCUUUUUUGAUGAAAUGUAUUUCGAAAUCACAUGUUGCCUAAUGGGUAUUGCUUGAAGGAACUCCAGCUGAAGCUGGACUGAAAUAGUUUUGGAUUAAAAAAAAAAUACAUAGGAUUCCUUAUGUUCAAUUCUUAUCUACAAGACGGGAAAAUGUGUUGUUCUAGUCAAAAUGUGACUCAAGACUUUCUACUAAUGAUUACGAGGAAAAUGGAACUAAGAUUAAUAUGUAGCAUAAUCAGAAAAUAUAUUCGGUUAACCUAUUGUCAUGUGACUAGAACCAAAACAAAUAACUGUUCCACUAGCCGUGUAUAUAGAUAAGGACAUAGAUUGUGAACCAUUUUUAAAGGUGUUGAGGUGUCCUGGAAAGCUUUUUUGUUGUUGACUAUUGUGAACUUCUGAUUGUGUGUUUGGUUGUGGACACGGACAGAAGAAUUACUGAGUUGUAAACAACCUUGUCAUAAAUUAUCAGAUUGGACAUAUUUUGUAAUUUCAUCAUCAGGUCCGCUUGCCCAUCUUUCAUUAUACAUAGACAUUGAUAGUGGCAUAAAGGAAUGGUAUAGGAUUUCAGAUUGUAAUGUUAAGCAUUCUGAAUACCAGAGCUUGCCAGAGUAUAUUGUGCACGUGACAUUAUCAUCGUAGAUUUGUUAUCAAUUGUGAGUGUUCAUCAAUCAUUCCAUUUUACAUAUUAUGUCUUGGAUCUGUCAGGUCAUCUUUAAUCUGGGUUAUUUCUUAUUUCAGACCAAGACUUUAGAACAAAUUAAACAUUUCAACAUAUAUAUAUAUAUACAUAUAAAUAUAUACACAUAAUGUCAUGUUAUUACAUAUUACUGCUGUCAAAAUGAAAUUUUGCCAGCUUCUGUAAUUUCGUUAUUUCCAAAAUAUGUUGUUUGUUACUAAUUUGGAAUUCUGCACUAACAUUUACAUAUACACAAGGAAAUAUUUUGAUUUAACCUUGUGUAUUAGUAGAAAUAAAAUCAUUCCAUAUUCUUUUACUUUUACCACAAACAAUAAAUUUGGGUACAAAUUAUGUUCAAUUUUCGUACGAAACUGCCGAUAAGUAGGUAAAUUGAAACAUUCAAAUGUGAUUUUCAAAAAAAAAUUAUUCAAGCAUUCCUUUAAUGACAAGUGAUUUUUUUUCUGUUGUUAAAUAAAGUGGGUAUUAGAUAUUCAUCAUUCCAACGUUUUAAAGGCUCUUGGUUACUGUUUUCUGGUGGAGUUGGACAUGAAAGAUUUUAAUCUUUGUUUGUCCUUCAGUUUACAAUAGGUUGUGGAAAAUUUUACUCAAUGUUAUAAGUACUUCAAUUCAGAUUUUUUCUCUUUUUUUUUUUUUUUUCAAAGUUAAGUGUUGUGGCUAAGAUAUUACAUUUUAUGAUACAGGUUUUAGGUUGUGAAGUUUUAUUAUUUUGGUAGCACAUGUAUAUACAUAGUCAUACCAUGAUCUGGUUGAGUGAAAUAAAUUACAUUGUAACAAUUUAAAAAUCUUACCAUUCUGUUUAUACUGAAGGUAUAAUGGUGGAACAUUUAUCGACCAAGUACCUGAUGAAGUUUCUUUAUUUCAUUAAGUGUUGUUAAAUAUUUUCUGUCUGUAUAAAUGAUUACCUAUUUUUGCCCUAUGAAUGACACUUGUAAACUAUGAUAUGUAUUUGUAUUGUGGGGAUUUGUCAUGGACACACCCAGUGUCCAAACCUUGACAAGCAUGUGACAGUCACUGUGAAGCAUUCUAAAUAUAACUGAUGUUUUACAUUUCUUUUGGUUUUUAAGGUAAGUCCUAUUUGUUUAUGUCGUGUGUCAUCCAAUUGUCCAUGUUUAAAAUGUGUAUUUGCCAAUGAUAGUAUUUUCAGUUUUUUUUUUCACUUCUUGCCUCCAUUUUUUUCUGUGUAUUUAAUAUGUUAUGUGUAAAAAUGUUGCUUGCAAAACAUCAGUGAUUUUUAUUCAACAAAGAUUGAAUUUCUGCUUGACU